AUGUCUAUGCCCGAAUCAGAAAUCGAAGAGAUCUUCCAAGCGCAUGGCUGGAUUCGUGCUUGGACCCAAGAGAAUGGAUCUCCCGACACGACAAAGAUUUUAGAUGUGGAUGUCAAGCGUCGCACCUUCAAUCAGGCCGCGGGUGAACCCGUGAGCACUACUACACUGGAGUUGCGUUGCAAGUUUUUUGGACUGAUGAGUGAGCAUAACGGGGAAUUCAUCUCGUCAUUAGAGCCUCAAAUCCGCCAAAACUUCUCAUUCAACCUCAAAGACAGUGACAAAUCGUCCAAUUUAAUUCAAACCGCAAUUACGAUUGGGGGUUACCUGCAUUUGCUCUGCUCUACCGCCGACAUAUAUGCUUUUGUGCCGGAAUCAGAUCAUCGAAAUAGGCUGGAAGGGGAGGAUGUGCAGCUUGCCCUUUCUAUCAGAUGGAUACUGAUCUGUCAAAUCCAAACGCUUUUCAACCAAAUAUUGUCCUCAAUACGGCCGCACGAUUUAUCGACAACCAACGCAUGCUCGAGCGCCACUGCUUAUACAGCUUGUGCUAUCCUGCAGAUGGAGGUCAAAUAUUUCAUAGAUUUCUUGAAGCAAAUUCCGUCACCGCGCCAGAUUCCUGUUGGUCUUGACGGCCCGUUCCGUCGAUGGCUUGUCUCGAUUGAGACAGAAUUGAUUCAAAGACUUACGUCAGACUGUGGACAAUUUCCAGACUGGAAAUCGGUUUAUAUUGGAUCGCUGAAGAAGUUUCCACGCUGCCACGAAACUCUCAGUCUCUCCGUGAAGCUGCAGCAGAUUGGCGUUCCGCCUAACAAGGCUGCAGGUGCAGAACGUCCUGCUUUUAAAAUCCCUCGGGACUGCCCACCCGGUCUUAUGUGUCCGGUGUCGGAUCGUGGCUUCAGUAUCGGUUCCGCAACGGAACUAGGCUCUCAUGGUAUACCGCAAAUGGCCGUGGGAGCGAGAUACGCAUCAGAGUUCACAACAGGAAAUGACAGUUCUCCCAUCGGCGACUUCACAGCUAAACCCAGGCAGCUGAGGCAAGCCCAGAAUGAAAAGCUUAUGGCUGCGAUCAAUGACUACGUGUCCUCUCGUUGCGAACCUGAGUCCUACGAUAAGAAGUUGGCAACAGAAGGUUCCCGAAGCAAUGCUCAAAUGGACUAUCUAUCGCAAUAUGAGUCCCUUCCGAUUCGAGCUCCGAUAUUUGACCCUCAAAUGGGAGUCAUCCGCACCUUGAACGAUUCUAAGAAAAGGUCUAUUGGAAGCGAUAUUGCAGAUCUUACUGCACCAUACGAGUCACAGCCUCCAUACAAACGGUUGAAAGGGGGUGGUUCUUCCAAGGAGGGAUCAAUGCUGUCUACAAGUCCACCUUGGCGGGCGAAGACUCCCUCUCGUGCUUUUGGAAUUCUCGAAACCGGAACUGCGAACGAACCCCUCGAUUCUGGAUAUCAUCCAGAUGUGGCCAGUGACUUUUAUCCCAACCAGAUGAGUCAGUUGUUUUCAUCGGAGAAUGAAAUGUUUCCGGAACUCUUUGACGAUUUGCAGCCCUCCCAAUUUUACGAUCCUAACUUUUCUCUUUUAAAUGACCCUUUUGGUCAUCCUACUACGAACGCUUGA